AGGGCAAUUGCGGGCUCGCUAACCCGGUACGCCUCCUGUGCGCACGAAUUCUCUAGAAAUGAGAAAUUCCUCCGCAACCCAAUCGAGAGCACAACUGCACCCAAAGGACUCGACCACUUUGAUCAGCCAACAGCCGUCAAAAUGCCGAGCCACAAGACUUUCCGCACGAAGCAGAAGCUCGCCAAGGCGCAGAAGCAGAACCGCCCUAUCCCCCAAUGGAUCCGUCUUCGCACCGGUAACACCAUUCGCUACAACGCGAAGAGACGCCACUGGCGCAAGAGCAAGCUCGGCAUCUAAACCACUCGCGUCCUUCUCUCUCUUCAAAACCCCCCCCUUUGCCAUACACCCUUGCGGGCUUUUCCCCUGGUCCUUCCAUGGCACCGCCGACCGAAACGACGACACCGCGCUCGAACUUGGGAGAGGUUUCCUCUAACAACUGGGAGGGGUCACUCUGACGGACUCGAAACGAAUACCCACUGGCUACGAGUUCCGAUUCGUGGGGGGGAAGGGGAGUCUACACAGGAUGGGAGGGGAAACAAAAUGGGAAUGCCCGGCUCGGCUAGACUCUACGUAUUGCAUGUUACGGUCAUAGGGAAAGGAAUGCAAAAUCAUUGAUGCCUCUGAACGAAGACACGAGGCCCCCAACGACUCCCCCCGUCCGUCUGAACCGCGUCUCGGUGAUGGCCUCGGACCAAUGAGUCCUGGUGGCCCCCACUAGCCGUUGCUUGCAUUCAUCGGGCUCGGUUGAUUAUGCCGAAAUAUCGAUCCGCUCUACUCGUCCAUCUUUCCAAUCAAUUCUAGAUUGACGACAUUGUCCCAUGC